UGACGUCAGGCCGUUUGUUGUCAUUGGCGGCUCCCAAGAUGGCGUCCAUCGUGGAAGGGCCGCUGAGCAAAUGGACUAACGUGAUGAAGGGAUGGCAGUAUCGUUGGUUCGUGCUGGACUACAAUGCAGGGCUGCUCUCCUACUACACGUCCAAGGACAAAAUGAUGAGAGGCUCUCGAAGAGGAUGCGUUAGACUCAGAGGAGCUGUGAUUGGUAUAGACGACGAGGACGACAGCACCUUCACAAUCACUGUUGAUCAGAAAACCUUCCACUUCCAGGCUCGAGAUGCAGAUGAGCGAGAGAAGUGGAUCCAUGCCUUAGAAGAAACCAUUCUUCGCCAUACUCUUCAGCUUCAAAUCAGUACCACACUUGCUUUUUUCCAGUCUUCUGGUAUCUCUCCAGUUCUUGAAUUUUCAAAAAUAAUUGGUUUGGAUUCAGGAUUCGUUCCUAGUGUCCAAGACUUUGAUAAGAAACUUACCGAGGCUGAUGCUUAUCUGCAGAUCUUGAUAGAACAAUUAAAGCUUUUUGAUGACAAGCUUCAAAAUUGUAAAGAUGAUGAACAGAGAAAGAAAGUUGAAACUCUCAAAGACACAACAAAUAGCAUGGUAGAAUCAAUUAAACACUGCAUUGUGUUGCUACAGAUUGCUAAAGACCAGAGUAAUGCGGAGCAGCACGCAGAUGGAAUUAUAAGUACUAUUAAUCCUGUAGAUGCAAUAUACCAGCCUAGUCCCUUGGAACCUGUGAUCAGCACAAUGCCUUCCCAGACUGUCUUACCUGCAGAACCUGCUCAGUUGUGUAAGUCAGAGCAGCGUCCAUCUUCCUUACCUGUUGGACCUGUGUUAGCUACCUUGGGACAUCAUCAGACUCCAACACCAAAUAGUACAGGCAGUGGGAAUUCACCACCUAGCAGCAGUCUAACUCCUCCCAGCCAUGUCAACUUGUCUCCAAAUACAGUCCCAGAGUUCUCUUACUCUAGCAGUGAAGAUGAGUUCUAUGAUGCUGAUGAAUUCCAUCAAAGUGGCUCAUCCCCAAAGCGCUUAAUAGAUUCUUCUGGAUCUGCCUCAGUCUUGACACACAGCAGCUCCGGGAAUAGCUUAAAACGCCCAGACACCACAGAGUCACUGAAUUCCUCCAUGUCCAAUGGCACAAGUGAUGCUGAUCUUUUUGACUCACAUGAUGACAGAGAUGACGAUGGGGAGGCGGGGUCAGUGGAGGAGCACAAGAGCGUUCUCAUGCACCUCUUAUCACAAGUCAGGCUGGGGAUGGAUCUCACAAAGGUAGUUCUUCCAACAUUUAUUCUCGAGAGAAGAUCUCUGUUAGAAAUGUACGCAGACUUUUUCGCACAUCCAGACCUGUUCGUGAGCAUUAGUGAUCAGAAGGAUCCCAGGGAUCGAAUGGUUCAGGUUGUGAAAUGGUACCUCUCGGCCUUCCAUGCAGGAAGGAGAGGAUCGGUGGCCAAAAAGCCGUACAAUCCUAUUUUGGGUGAGAUCUUUCAGUGUCACUGGACGUUGCCGAAUGAUACUGAAGAAAACGCAGAGCUCGUUUCAGAAGGGCCGGUUCCCUGGGUUUCUAAGAACAGUGUAACAUUUGUGGCUGAGCAAGUUUCCCAUCAUCCACCCAUUUCAGCCUUUUAUGCUGAGUGUUUUAAUAAGAAGAUACAAUUCAAUGCUCAUAUCUGGACUAAAUCAAAAUUCCUUGGGAUGUCAAUUGGGGUGCACAACAUAGGUCAGGGCUGUGUCUCGUGUCUGGAGUAUGAUGAGCACUACAUUCUCACAUUCCCCAAUGGCUAUGGAAGGUCUAUCCUGACAGUGCCCUGGGUGGAAUUAGGAGGAGAAUGCAAUAUUAACUGCUCCAAAACGGGUUACAGUGCAAACAUCGUCUUCCACACUAAGCCUUUCUAUGGGGGCAAGAAGCACAGAAUUACUGCAGAGAUUUUUUCUCCAAAUGACAAGAAAUCCUUCUGCUCAAUCGAAGGGGAAUGGAAUGGUAUCAUGUAUGCAAAAUACGCAACAGGGGAAAACACUGUCUUUGUAGACACCAAGAAGUUGCCUAUAAUCAAGAAAAAGGUGAGGAAGUUGGAAGAUCAGAAUGAGUAUGAGUCCCGCAGCCUUUGGAAGGAUGUCACUUUCAAUUUAAAAAUCAGAGACAUUGAUGCAGCAACGGAAGCAAAGCACAGACUUGAAGAAAGACAAAGAGCAGAAGCCCGAGAAAGGAAAGAGAAGGAAAUUCAGUGGGAAACGAGGCUCUUUCACGAAGAUGGAGAAUGCUGGGUUUAUGAUGAACCUUUACUGAAGCGUCUUGGUGCUGUGAAGCAUUAGGCUGGCAACUGAGUUCAUACCUGGUGACCAGGGCAGUAGGCGUAAUUAAGCAACAAUCGAUCUUCCUUCAGGAGAGCUCGUCACUUCCUUCUUAAUGCAGUGGUUCCUAUCUCAGGGAUACUGGACUUGACGACACAGAUGAACAAUUAAAGUGGGAAAUGCUUCCCUUUUCUCCUCUGUGGCAGUUACAA